AUGGGUGCCAGCGGGGGAACGUCGCUGCACGUGGUGUCGCUCCUUCAGCCUGACGCCGAGGCGGCGGCGGAGCGAGCGCUCAAUGCGACGCACGCACAAACAUCCGAAGGGUCCCAGUUUCGGCUGAUCAUUUCUGUCGAAGUCGAGCACCGGAGCAAAGGGUGCGCCUUACCGGAGGCGCUAGUGCGCCGUUCCGUCAAGAUUGCGGUCGAGCCGCCGGGGUCACUGCGGGGAGCGAUGCUGCGUGCGUGGAGAACGGCGGCGUUCUUUGGACUCUGCCAUGUGCAUUCCAUCGCCCUCGCGCGGCGGCGCUACUGCGCCCUCGUGCCAGCGGCGGUAUGGUGGUCAGACUUGCGCCGCAACGCGGGCGCGGCGGCUUUUGGCAGUCACUUCGGCAACGUGUGGGAUAAGCGCUUGCAUGUUGCACUGCUCGAAGCGUACGUGCACGAGGCGCUUCCAGACGGCCAACAAGUCAGCCGCCGGUUGGAGUUCCUCGAGCUGCCGUCAAGAGACGCGUACACACGCCACAUCGAGGCAUCCCCCUCGGAUGACAUACCGUCCGACCUCGGCCUUCUUCCGAGGGCGCAAAGCGCGCUCGAAGAGUCGCGAGCUGACGAGCUGCUCCGAUUUGGUGCAGCGGUUAUGUCUACAAGUCGUGUCGGGCUGGGGCCUUUCGGUCGCAGCGGGCGCAGAAGCUGCAGUGGCACCGCGGCGGCCGAGACCGUGGAGGCGGUGCGGCUCGUACUGGACAAGGUGGUCCUGAUGCAAGAGUGCGACAGGAUGGAGGCGUUGGUCACAGAGGUGCAAGCCACCACCAAAUUGGCCAUCCGCUCGCGCACCGGGUCCGAGUUUGUGCACGCGUCGCUCGCACGGCUGGACGAGUCCAUGCGCGGCGCGCCGGUGGAUGAGGGCGCCGAUACGCUCGUGGGCGCCCUGCAGCGCGGCUUAGAAUGGGCGGCGCAGGGCGUGCCGCCGACAGUAACGUGGCUGGGCGGACUCUUCCGCCCGCAGGCGUUUGUGUUUGCGCUGCUGGCGGAGACCUCGCGCCGCACUGGCACGCCGCUGGAGUCGUUAUCCGCUGUGGCCGAGGUGACGGGAUACGAUUCGGCAGAGCAGGUGGGUGCGCCUCCAGAAAACGGCGUGUACGUUCAUGGCGCCGCCCUUGAGGGCGCAAACUGGGACGCAUCUGCUGGCAAGCUAGCUGAAGCGCCAAGCGGCGGGCGGUGCGCCACUCGGCUGCCAGUGAUGCAUAUACGAGCGCUCGAGGCCGUCACUACGGCAGACACUAUCGCGGCGGCGCCUUAUGGUGUGUAUGCGAGUCCGGUGUAUGCCACCGGGCCAGCGAGCGGCGCAGAGCGGCGAGGCGAGGAGCUACCGUUGACCGCGUGGCUUCCGUCGGAGGACGCGGGGCUCUUGCCUGAUUUGCCUUUGGGGCGAUAG